AUGAACCCCUGCCGCCUCCCGCUUACCGUUCGCGCGGUGGAGCCCGCGUGCCGUGCCCUGCUCACCCCCCUGGCCGGUACCUCUUCCUCAACGGUUACGGUUACCUCUGCCGCCCGACUUCCGUCCCAAGACCUGGCUGUCGGCUCCCAGCGCCGUACCAUCCAUCAGCAUGCCCGUCCCAUGUCGGCUGCUGCUGCCCGACAACUCCCGAAGCAGCCUGUCGUCCUCCCGGGCCGGACUCUUAUCCAGAAGCGCGCUCACUCCAGCCGUGCCAUGAUCCACACCCCUCCUCCGGCCCCCGAGCAGCCCCUCAUCCAUUCGCUCUUUGAGCCCGUCACCUCGACCUUCCAGUAUGUCGUUGCCGACCCGGCUACUAACAAGGCCGUCAUCAUCGACCCUGUGCUGGACUACGACAAUGUCGCCCGCACCAUCAAGACUCAUUCGGCCGACAACAUUCUCGAGCUGAUCAAGAAGAACGGUUAUGAGAUCGUCAAGAUCCUUGAGACCCACGCCCAUGCCGACCAUCUGACCUCGGCCUUCUACCUGCAGAAGAAGCUCGAGAAGAUGCAGGGCUACAAGCCCGGCGUCGGCAUUGGCAAGCGCAUUGGCCAGGUCCAGCGCGUCUUUGGUGAGCGUUACGGCGUCUCCACGGAUGAGUACGAUGGUGUCUUUGAUACGCUUUUUGAUGAUGAUGAGGUCUUUGAGAUUGGGUCGCUCAGGGCCAGCGCUAUUCACCUGCCCGGCCACACCCCUGACCACAUGGGCUACCGGGUUGGCGAUUCCUCCGGACUGGCAGACAACAUCUUUUGCGGCGAUUCCCUCUUCCACCCACAAACCCUGGGCACCGCCCGCUGCGACUUCCCCGGCGGUUCCGCCGAACAGCUCUACUACUCUGGUCGCAUGCUCCUCUCCCUGCCCGACCACGUCCGCAUCUGGGUCGGCCACGAUUACGCCGAGGACGGCCGCCAGCCCGAGCCAUGGGCCACUGUCGCCGAGCACCGGCUGUAUAACCGCCACCUGAGGGAUGGGAUCACUGAAAAGGAGUUCGUGCAGAUGCGCAAGGAGAGAGAUAGGCAGCUCGCGGCGCCGAGACUGUUGCAUGAGAGCUUGCAGGUUAAUAUUCGCGGUGGGCAUCUGCCGAAAGUGAAUGCUGCGGGCAUGAGGACGUUCGCGGUGCCGGUACAGGUGCAGGGGGAGGCGGCGAGUGUUUUGUAA